AUGUCGUCUGACAGCAGUCUGCCCCUUGCCAUGGGCUUUGUCGGGCUGGGUGCCAUGGGCAAGCCGAUGGCCACCAACCUCGCCAAGGCGCUCCCAGCCGGCGCGCACCUGUACGUGCACGACAUCGUGGCGGCGGCCGUGGACGAGCUGCACGCCUUGUUCCCGACAAUCGUAGUCGAGUGCGGCAGCGCACGAGAAGUGGCGCAGAACGCGGACGUCGUGCUGACCAUGCUCCCCGAGGGCGCGCACGUCAAGUCCGUGUACCUCAACCCGUCGACCGGCAUCAUGGCGGCCCUCAACCAAACCAGCACAAAGCUGCUCAUCGACUCCUCAACCAUCGACACGGCCACGAACCUGCACAUCCGCUCGCAGCUCGCCACGCACUCCCCAGGGACAUCCUUCUACGACGCGCCGGUCAGCGGCGGGGUCCUCGGCGCGGAGCGCGCGACCGUCGCCUUCUUCGCCGGCGCGUCCCCCUCAGACCCCACGCUCCCGCGCCUGACAUGCCUCCUGCAGCCCAUGGGCAGCAAAACCAUCCCGUGCGGCGGCGCAUCGCUCGGGCUGGCAGCCAAGCUGUCCAACAACUACCUGUCGGGCCUGAUAACCAUCGCGACAUCCGAGGCCAUGGACAUGGGGAUGCGAGCGGGGAUCCGGGCCGACGUGCUUGCGUCCGUGUUCAAAGCGGGCACCGCGCAGAAUACGAUUUGCGACGUGUUCAAUCCUGUGCCUGGCGUGUGCGCGGCCGCGCCGUCGUCGCACGGCUAUGUCGGCGGGUUUCGUGUCCAGCUGAUGCGCAAGGAUAUCGGGCUGGCGGUGGCUCUGGCGCGGCAUGUCGGCGCGAGGAAUGUGUUGGGUGCGGCGGGGCUGGGCGUGUAUGCUGCUGCGAGCGAGGCGGAGGACUGUAGGGACCGAGACUCGAGGGUUGUGUAUCGGUACUUGGGCGGGAAGGAGCACUGGGAGGGGAAGGAAGUCGCUGCGGAGUGA